GGGCGGAAGGCGGGGGCGGCGCGGUGACGCGCGGCGCGGGCGGUCCUCGGGAGCGCGCCGCCCUCCCUUUGGGUUUCAGAAGUCCGAGCCAGUGACCGGCGGCGGAGAGCGGGUCUCAGCGGUCUCGAAAAAUCCUGCAAAAAUGUCUCUGUACCCAUCUCUUGAAGACCUGAAGGUAGACAAGGUGAUUAAGGCUCAGACUGCCUUUUCUGCAAACCCUGCCAACCCAGCGAUUUUAUCUGAAGCCUCUGCCCCCGUCUCUCAAGAUGGAAAUCUCUAUCCUAAGCUAUAUCCUGAGCUCUCUCAGUACAUGGGCCUGAGUUUAAAUGAAGAAGAAAUACGUGCAAAUAUGGCCUUGGUCCCUGGAGCACCAAGUCAUGGGCAGUUGGUGGCACGGCCUUCCAGCAUGGACCACAUGGUGGCCCCUGUCACUGGUGGCGACACUGGGAUCCGCAGAGCGGAGAUCAAGCAAGGGAUCCGAGAAGUCAUCUUGUGUAAGGAUCAAGACGGGAAGAUCGGGCUCCGGCUGAAAUCCAUAGACAAUGGUAUAUUUGUUCAGCUUGUCCAGGCCAAUUCUCCGUCCUCCCUGGUGGGCCUGCGGUUUGGGGACCAGGUACUGCAGAUAAACGGCGAGAACUGUGCUGGCUGGAGCUCGGACCGGGCGCACAAGGUGCUCAAACAGGCUUUCGGAGAGAAGAUCACCAUGACCAUUCGGGACAGGCCCUUUGAACGGACAAUUACCAUGCAUAAGGACAGUACUGGACACGUUGGCUUUGUUUUUAAAAAUGGAAAAAUCACAUCCAUUGUGAAAGACAGUUCUGCAGCUAGAAACGGUCUUCUCACGGAACAUAACAUCUGUGAGGUCAACGGACAGAAUGUCAUCGGACUGAAGGACUCUCAAAUUGCAGACAUAUUGUCCACAGCUGGAAAUAUAGUGACUAUUACAAUCAUGCCUGCUUUUAUCUUUGAACACAUUAUUAAACGGAUGGCGCCAAGCAUUAUGAAAAGCUUGAUGGAUCACACCAUUCCUGAGGUUUAGAAGUCACGGCACAGUGGAAACUUCCCGGAAGUUCUUCCGUUUACGUCUUGGGCAACUGACCUUUCUAUUAUGCACAUGAAGCUUUCUAGGAGCCAGCGAGCAUAUGCUGCAUGAGGACUUCCUGUCUUACAGUAGGGCUGGGGAUCUUACUGUUCGAUCCAGUGUAUCUUGUUCAGACAUCAAGAUAGUUGUAGCCUUACCCUGGUUUUACAGUUGAAAAGACUUUUACAGACUAGCUUCUUUACUGGAAACCUGAUGCUUUCACAAGCCUUGUGAGUAGGAUGACUGCGACAGGCUCAGCUCUGUUAGAAGCAUCACCUUGAUAGAGAGCAGUGCUUAGUUCUGUGCUGUGUUUGCAUUUUUACUGUGUCACCAUAGUGCAUUUAGAAUUAUUUUCCUUCAGUUCUGUAACACCAGCUAAGUAACGCUGGUUUCAUUCCAUGUAAGCAUUAUUAGACAGUGUGUAGCUGCAAGAGACUUACCGAUUGUCAUUACAUUUUAUCUACCUUCACUUAAUAUGCUUAAACUGUCGCCUUAACUAAGUUAAGCAUCUAGAAUAAAAGCCAAAAUGUAAUGAUUGCUGCCUUCCUAAACCCAGACGCAGUUCUGCACUCACCUGAGAUGUACACUAGCCCUGCGCAGUCUUGACAGUACAUCCCAAGCUAGCACAGCUGCUGACUUGCAUUUGAGAUUUUCUAGUCUUUCCUUGUGUAAUGGGAACUUCUUUCUUCUAAAAGUAACUGAUAUCACUUUUUGAGAAAUGAAGCACUAUAUAUUUAAUGUAAAAAUUCUUGUACUAAAUAGAAUGAACCUUGACUCCUCUUUUCAUGUGUAGAUUGUGGGCUAAGCCCUGAUUGUGGCAUUUACACAGUAUGUAACCUAGCUGCCCCAGGACGGUCUUAGGACACUGUCCUGGUCAUAUGUUCCAUUUCCUGCCUCCUCCCUGCUCACAGAAUGACACAUUAUCCUGAUUUUUUUUCCAUCUCUUUGGCUUAUGCCUAUUCUAUUUUAAUUAAAAAUGUAUAAAUAAAGUUAAGUUCUAGUCUG